GAAGUGACGCGGCGACGUCUGGGGGGCGGGGCCCGGCCGCUUCCGAGGCCGCGGUGUCACAUCGGAAACAAAGUCCGCGGCGCCGGGCAGGGACUGCGGCCACUGCUGUCGGCGGCCGCCUGCGGACGUAAACUGAGAGACUGCAAGUGACGGCAGCCUGAAAGGUCCAGAGAGAGCUUGGCCAGAAGGAGAACACAUGAAAGAAAGAACCCCAAGAGGCCUUGUUUUCUGUGAAAAAGUAUUACUGCUCAGUUGCUCCAAUGACAGAGUUACCUGCACCCCUGUCCUAUUUCCAGAAUGCACAGAUGUCUGAGGACAACCACCUGAGCAACACUGUACGUAGCCAGAAUGACAGCAGAGAACGGCAUGAAAACAGCAGCGAGAGGCGGAGGCGAGGCAACCCUGAGUCGGUAUCCAAUGGGCAACCCCAGAGUAACGCACAACAGGUGGUGGAACAGGAUGAAGAGGAAGACGAGGAGCUGACCCUGAAAUACGGAGCCAAGCAUGUGAUCAUGCUCUUUGUCCCCGUGACGCUCUGUAUGGUGGUGGUCGUGGCUACCAUCAAAUCGGUCAGCUUUUACACUCGGAAGGACGGGCAGCUAAUCUAUACCCCGUUCACAGAAGACACUGAGACUGUGGGCCAGAGAGCGCUGCACUCGAUUCUAAAUGCUGCUAUCAUGAUCAGCGUCAUUGUUAUCAUGACUAUUCUUCUGGUGGUCCUAUAUAAAUACAGGUGCUAUAAGGUCAUCCAUGCUUGGCUAAUUGUUUCGUCUCUAUUAUUACUCUUCUUUUUCUCAUUCAUUUACUUGGGAGCACUUGCCUCAGCUCCGGUUUAUGAUGGGAUGGUACAGGAAUUGAACCUGGGACUUUGGAACCUCAGGGAAGUAUUUAAGACCUAUAAUGUUGCGAUGGACUACAUUACUGUUGCAUUCUUGAUCUGGAACUUCGGUGUGGUGGGAAUGAUCGCCAUUCACUGGAAAGGUCCGCUGCGACUCCAGCAGGCGUAUCUCAUUAUGAUCAGUGCCCUCAUGGCCCUGGUGUUCAUCAAGUAUCUCCCAGAGUGGACAGCGUGGCUCAUCUUGGCUGUGAUUUCCAUAUAUGAUUUAGUGGCUGUCUUAUGUCCAAAAGGACCACUUCGUAUGUUGGUUGAAACAGCUCAGGAGAGAAAUGAAACUCUCUUUCCAGCUCUCAUUUACUCCUCAACAAUGGUGUGGUUGGUGAAUAUGGCAGAAGGAGACCCAGAAGCCCAGAGGAAGGCAUCCAAAACCCCCAGGUAUAGUUCACAAGGUACAGAUAAUGACUCACGUGACCCUGUGACAGAGAGUGAUGAUGGUGGCUUCAGUGAGGAGUGGGAAGCCCAGAGGGAUAGUCGCCUGGGGCCUCAGCGCUCCACCUCCGAGUCACGAGCCGCUGUCCAGGAACUUUCCAGCAGCAUCCUUGCCAGUGAGGACCCAGAGGAAAGGGGAGUAAAACUUGGGUUAGGAGAUUUCAUCUUCUACAGUGUUCUGGUCGGUAAAGCUUCUGCGAUGGCCAGUGGGGACUGGAACACAACCAUUGCCUGUUUUGUAGCCAUAUUGAUUGGUUUGUGCCUUACGCUAUUACUCCUCGCCAUUUUCAAGAAAGCGUUACCAGCUCUUCCAAUCUCUAUCACCUUUGGGCUUAUUUUCUACUUUGCCACAGAUUAUCUUGUACAACCCUUUAUGGACCAAUUAGCAUUCCAUCAAUUUUAUAUCUAGCACAUCUGCAAUUAGGAUCCCAUGGAUUUUUCUCCUUUGACAAUAAGAAAGAUCUGAAGAGGACAAAGCUGGUUUUCCUACGUCCACAUCAAACAAAGGCAAGAUGGACUUUUGGCAGCUUCCUUCCAAGUCUUCCCGACCACCUGCGCUCUGGGGGUAUUGGAAGGAAGUGUCUACACAAAAUGAUUUUAAACGUUUAAUGCCACAAUGGUGGCAUUGUGCUGGACUUGAGUCCCUCGGUGCAAAAACAGAUUUGAGGGACAAGGACAAGGAAAAAUGAUUAGCCAAGAAGUUGCUGAGUUCCAGCUGGCAGUAUGAACCUAGGCAGGUGGAUCUUAUCAACGCUGCAGACUCUCAGGACUCCCAUUACCAAGAAGUUAGAUGAAGUGUCUAAAACCAAACAGGACUCUUUGUCUCAAACUACACAUUGAAACCCAACUUUCUACGUCUCUAUUGAAUUCUGUAAAAAGCAGGCACCAGCAGCAAAUUGCAACAGGAGAAAGGAGCUCAGGCUUUUGCUUUCAGCAAAAAAUGCUGCAGACUUGGUAUUUUUAAAUAAGACUUUUUUCCCCUCCUCCAUCUUGAGUCAAGUCAGAUGUGUAGGCUAAUUUUGACAAGUUUUGUUCUUGAGCACUGAAACUCAUUACCACGUAUGGUUGCCAUUUCUUCCCAAGGCCAGUCUGGACUUAUUUGAAGUUGCUUUAUCUUAAAAGUCUUAACCUCAGGUUCCAUAAUCAGUAAUUCUGGAAGUAAAGGGACUGCUAGUUGCUAAUAACCCUUAGCCCCUUUAGGUAAAAUUCGUGUUUUCCCCCAGAUUUCUAAUGUUUAGACAUACUUGUAGGUUCACCUGCCCAAGAUGCUUCACUGUUCUCACCUGGUCCUUCUUCCUCUUUCAUAGGCAGUUCUCUUAUGAAGCAAGUCAGCCAGCUCCCCUGUGCAGAUGACCCAUUGGUUCUAGGAUUGUGUUCUGUAUGGUGCAGAGAAUAUGGUCUGAAUCAGUGCUGUCAGGCUCACUGUCGUGAUUUCUGUGAUGGCAAGUACAGUGUGUGCCCAAAGACAGCAAGAAUUUAAGAAAAGUAAAAAGGCUGGUGAAGCACUUUUGCCCUGGUCUUUCAUUUCUUUUCUCUCCUUUUCCUUUCUCUUCUUUUUUGUUAUUAAACCGUUAUCUGACAUUAGGUCAGAAUUUGAGCCAGUAAUCCAGAGCUAUUCAUUUACGAAGUCAGUUUUGUCAAUACAAAACAAGGUAACAAGCUACUGGAAUGCAGAGGGGUGAAGCUCUGUGGGUGAAGCUUAUGGGAUAAGAUGAGUUAAUAGCCCUGUGACAGACAUCACAGAGACCCAGGUCACUCCUCAAGAACCUCCCUGUUCUUUGUUAGCUUUCAACUCAGUGUCCUUUGGUAUGAACUGGGUGCUGAUGGUCAAGCCCUAGCAGGGCACAUAAGCAGAGCCAUCAGCCUCUGAACAUAAGACACUAAGGAAGGACGCCCUGCCAAGCCUGAUCCACAGAGAUCCUUAGCCAUGCUGAUCCGAACGGGAGCAUUUGUGAGAAAUUAAAUUGUUUCCAUCUGUGCCUGAAGAAAGGCCAACCUCUCCUCUCUUUCAUGAUGCUUCUUCUCCCAACCUGUCACAUGAUCUUGUUUGGAAUUUGUCUUGACAUUUAGAUUGUUUUCUUUCAUGGAAUAUUUCUUAUUAAAAAAAGAAAACUAAGUGUAGAGGUAGUGGACUGGUACUGAUCUGAAUAUAAAUAAAAUCUGGUUCAUAUUAGGCAGUUGAAAACUUGAGAAAAAGUACAAGUGGAUCUUAGAGGAGUUGGUUCUCUCAUGCCUUUAACACCCACCACCCCUCCAUUUUCCAAGAUUUAUUUUUGUGCUCUCAGGCUUGUGGCAGCAUGGAGAUAGUCUUCUAGUAAGGCGUGCAGUUCGACAGCUGUUAACAGCCAACUGAAUACCCACUUGUGACUGGAAGCAGUCUUGGGAGCCAAGAGCUGCAGAUGUGUUCUCUCUUUCAUGAAAGUUUUAUCUCAUGAAAGGAUGUGUGGUGUGUGAGAGAAUGUUUAUAUCCAUCUUGUGUAUUACUCUGUGGAGAAAGAUGCAAACUUCCGGUCACUGUCUCCAAGUUGAAACCACGUCAGCUCAGAGAGAAAGCGUGCCUUUCAGUCAGGAGUUCCGUACGCAGGGCUCUUCUUUUGGGACAGUCUUCUUCUUUUUUUAAAUCAAUUUGGUUGCUUCUGAAAUAUCAAAAUGACAGUCUCUUGUUCUGAAAAAUAGAUUGCGACCGGAGAAAAUAGUGACAAUUUCCUGAAGCUGUGUCUUCGCAUAGAGGGCCACGUGUUGGCCAGGCCAGACAGACAGACUCUAGCAUGACCAGCCAAGCAGCCCUGCUUAACAAAGAGAAGGAAAGUAGCAGGCAAAAAAAGAACCAGUAACUGUUUGGUCUGAUGGUUCUGCAGAACAGAGAAUGUUUGUAUACAGACAGUUGUUCUAAGUAGUCUGUGGAAAUACCAACCAUACUUACAGAGAGGAGGGCUCAUUUUACUAUGUCUGAUUUUCACUAGGUUCGUGUGUGGUCUGAGACCACGACUCUCACUAUAAAUGACUUGUUUCUUAACCAGAAGAAAAUAGUAGAAGCUCUUCAAAACUUGGAAGAAAAUGAUAAGCAAGCAAUUUUGUUAUUUCACUACAGAAGUAAUAACUAUAAAGUGGUGUUUUGUUUUUAAUUUUAAGUUCCUGGAUUCCCGUAUUUUAAAUAAUUAUUUGUCCUAGUUCAAAAAACCCUCCUUUCAUAAUAGAUACCCAAACAAUACAUUUAGUGGUUUUCCUUUACUUGACUUCAAACAACUUGAUAUAUGUAGUCUUGAUCCUCCCGUGUAACGUGGGAAAGAAGUAAAACUACCACGUAAGAUCUUCCAGGGUAAGAUUUCUCAAGGACAGCAGCAGCAGUGUUUUAACCCUCAAAGAAUUCAGAAGCCACUAAGAAAGCAUUUGUUUAAUGUCUUCCAUUUUCCCAGUGCUGGAGUCUAGAGACACGAAGGUGAUUACCGUAUAUCUUCAGAAUGCUGCUGCAGUCUUUCAUUUUCUGAUUGCAGCGAUCCUGGCAAUAACCCCUCUUUUUGCAGUUCCUGUUGUUAUGGGCUUAUGAAACUGUGUUACAGAGGUAACAGUGCUUUGAGAAGCCAGCCCUUCAGUAAAACACUUCUCUCAAAAUUUCCUCUGAGAUAGUCCAUAAAGAACAGCCUGACAGACUCUUCUCCUUGCCUCCAACCAUAUCCUAAAUGCCAACUUUGAGCAGAGACUUGAAAACUUGGACAUGGUUUUGCCCUGGGGUUAAACAGCACAUCACCAUCACCUUGAGCUCAGAAGUGAUCCUUGUGAUCUUCUCACGCCUUUUUAAGUUUCCCCCAAACACAAAAGGUUGAAAGCAAUGUUCCCAGUGCUUCCGAACUCUCAUUGAAAUCACCAAAGCAAGUGUACCAAACAAGGCUGUUAGCAAGAAAAUGCCCCACCUCAUCUGGACAGUCCUCUCUGGUAGAAAACGCCUCCAGCUUGCGUAUUAAAGAGCAAUAGGGGCUGAACUAGGAGCCCUUAUCAGGAUGUCUCUUACCCAGGACCACGCACAGCACCACCGUGCCCUGAGGAAGUCAGUCAGGUCAGCUCUGGAUUGCAGAAGGCUGCGGAAGGCGUCUCAGUCUGGUCUGUAGCAGAAAAGAUUUCCCAGAAAGCACUUUGCAUUGUAUAGAGUUGAGUGAAGGGUUGUCCGGUUUGUGGUGUGGAGGUACUGCGUGUGGGCUUCUGUAGGGCCAUCUACUCUCACUUGUCCGUCUGGCUUUUGCUUCUACAGACAAUGCUUCGUAUGUGAUUCAGACAGACUGUGAAUACAUCUUUUUUAAAUAUCUUUGAAAUUCUUGGUAAGAUACAAUUUUGAUAGAUGAUUGCUAAUUUUCCUGUAUAUGUCAAAUGAAUAAAGGCCGCAUGAAUCCA